AUGGCUUUUCAUCAGGAGAUCAAAGAGGAGAUCAUUGAAUUGACGACUGGGAACGAUGAGGUGAAGAUCUGCAUGGUAUGUGGAGCGAUUCCCGGAGUGAAAGUCUAUGGAGCAAUCGCUUGCCACAGCUGCAAGAUUUUCUUCCUACGAGCGUGCACUGUUGGCGCUUUACCGCGCUGCCAAAACGAAAAGCUCUGCUUGGCAUUCGAUUUUCGAGUGCAAUUCGGUAAACCAAGAUGUGCCGCGUGUCGAUACGAAAAAUGUCUGAAUGCGGGAAUGCUGCCGACAAUGACGGCGCGAAGAAGUGGUUGCAAGUUGAGAGAGCAACGAGCGCAUAUUGGACUGAAAGGACGUGGGAAAUCAUCUGUGCAACAAGUCGAAGUGUGUCCGCAAUCUGCCGUAGCUAGUCAAUCAAUAACGGCCGAACACCAAAUUGCUGCAAGGCUCCACGCCCAACCUCAUCACCUUAUAGAUCAAGCCGACUCUUUUACUAUCAUCAAAGCACUUGUCAGCUUACAGCAAGUCCUACUCAAUGAUGACCCAAACAAACUCCUGAAUUACGAUUUCACCUAUUGUCUGGAUGUAUCGAUAAGUGAUGCGUUGCAGAAUCCAGCAAUUGUUUGUCCAAGAGUUCCGAUCCAAUGGGAUCCAGCAACUGCACCUCCAAUCCCCAAAGAACACAUGCCAACUCUUGCGGGGCGACUCUAUGCUCGAGGAUUCGUUUAUGUACUCGAUUGGGUUCGAGCGAUUCCCGAGUUCUGGGAAAUUGAUGUUGAGGAUCGGAUAGUGCUAAUCUCGACGAACUUCAACAUUUUGUGGGUACUCACCCUUUACUACUACUCCUAUUCGAUGGGCUUUGAGAAUGGGGUUCUCUCGGCUUUUGGCACUUACCGACAAGCAAGUGAAUCAAUGGGAGAACGAGGAUUUUCCCAAAAAUAUCGUUUUCUUUUCAACAACGCUCGGCUUACAGGAAAAAGCGUGAACGUUGCCCGGAAAGCAUUCAACAAAUACUCUUGGCUACUUAUGCAACAUCUAAUUACCCGAUUUGGAAACGAGGCAAUUACUGUGCAGAGAUUCUCCGAUCUGAUGGCAAUACCUGUGCAUCUACAACAAUUCCGCCAAAAAGCUUUCGCCGAGAUGGGUCGAGUUGUGUUAGUGAAAGAGGGUGGCAUCGAUGGAACCCUUCCCGAGGAGAUCCUUCGAAGAUCCCUU